CCUUUCUCUUCUUUCUCACCAUACUAACCUCAUAACAUACUUGCAUACUUUAUCCAAUUACUUCUGUCUAUAGUAUACAAGUCAUACAAGUUGACUUUCAAUCACUUAUCUCCUCACAUCCGACUAGUGAGGGUGAAUCGGAUCAGUUGGGGAGUUGGAAAGUUGGUGUGUGUUUUUGCCACACCUCGGUCGUCUUUCUACUUGUUUUGAUAUAAUCGUCCCUGUCAUCAUUUCCACUAUUACACCAAUUUUACCAGUAGCUAUUAAGUGAUAGUGGUAAAGAAGGAGUACACUCCGGUUCGGAGUUCUCACAGUCGAAUCUGUGGGAUUCUCACUUGUCCGAUUUGAAGGAUAACUCAACUCUCUUCUUUGGACAAACUAUCGUCGGAAGACUUUUUAUCAUCAUCCCCUUUUCUCUAUACUAGAUCGACCCUUUCCUUAUAUAUUAGAUCGACCCUUUCCUUAUAUAAUAGAUCGAUACUUCUAUUCUAUUCUAUAGUAGACAGACAACACCACUCUUCUAUAUUAUCGGUAUCACGACACCACUCUUAUCAUCCGCGUUAGACAACCUCCUUCCGUCAAUACUCGGCCAACACAAUCAUAGAACAGAACCAAAAGACUCAAACAAAAAUGUCUGGUCUAGCUUUACCUACCAAUUUCAGAAAUUUCCAAUCUCAACCUCAAUCCCAAACCCAACCUCAACGAACUCCACAAUCAACCCAAACUCAACAACCUCAACAAACACAACAGACACAAGGUCAGACAUCCACUCAAACGAUCAAAAGAAAUUCAAAUCUUACGGGCAAUGGAACACCUACCAACGUUCCGGAAAUUACGGCUGUACAGGGUUUGGUACCUACUCUACAAAACAUCGUAGCUACUGUCAACCUUGAGUGUCGUUUGGAUCUCAAGACGAUAGCUUUACAUGCUAGAAAUGCAGAGUAUAAUCCUAAACGUUUCGCUGCCGUAGUCAUGCGAAUUCGAGAACCUAAAACAACCGCACUCAUCUUCGCCUCUGGUAAAAUGGUAGUAACAGGUGCCAAAUCCGAAGAUGAUUCUAGACUAGCUUCUCGUAAAUACGCACGUAUCAUACAAAAACUCGGUUUCGACGCUAAAUUUGCGGAAUUUAAAAUCCAGAACAUCGUUGGAAGUUGCGAUGUUAAAUUUCCUAUCAGACUUGAAGGUUUGGCUUAUAGUCAUGGUGCUUUCAGUUCGUAUGAACCAGAGCUCUUCCCCGGACUCAUCUACCGUAUGCUCAAGCCUAAAGUCGUGUUGUUAAUCUUCGUAUCGGGUAAGAUCGUGUUGACCGGUGCGAAAGUGCGAGAAGAGAUUUAUAUGGCUUUUAAUCAGAUUUACGCCGUGUUGACUGAAUUCCGUAAAGAUCAAAUCAAACCAUGAUCCCUAAUUCCGCCUUUUCAUUCCCAUUUGGACCUGUUGGUCUAUCCCACUGUAUCACUCUCAUCUCCUUCCCCCGCGAUGUGACAUGUACACCUCCACUCGACCCUCGUGCUACACCCCCCACAUUAACCACUCACCAUCCACUCACUCUGCGUCACAUAUUGUUCGAAAUCCAACCAUCGUAGUUCCUCCUCCUCUCGUCUCACCUUGGAGCCAUUCCAUCCAUUUUAUGCCAGUUGUACUGUAUUCCAUAUCACCCAUGUCUUUCUCUUUAGUACUUUCAGAUCUGUUUCUGGAAUGAACCAGAAUCAAAAAAGAAACAGUUCAGUAGUUGAUCGUAACGUUCCGAUGCAUGUCAUUUGCAUUUUCUUU